AUGGAGAGACUGAAUCACCCCUCGAGUUCCCCUUCCCCCACCCACAGCGGGAGUGCCCUGGUGGAGGUGGGGACGCACGUCUUCUUGGGGGACGGGGAAAGAGUGUGGGGCUGGAGUGAUUCAUUUCAGACUUCUGUAGCUCAGGGGAUGGGCUUCGUGGGGAUCCUCAGGCAAGGAGUGGUGAAUGGGAAAGGUGGACGAUGCCAAGUAAACACGAGGCAGGAGACAGGGCAAAUGACUGCCAGCCCCUCAGGGUCUCUCAGGACCUCUGACUGGGUCAUUUUGAAUUGCUCCUUCAGCUGGCCUGAUCACCCAACUUCUGUGCACUGGUUCCCGGGCCAGGGCCAAGUCCCUGUCCAGGAGUCCCCCCAUCACCACUUGACCAAUAACUUCCUCUUCCCAUCUGAAGUCAGCCCCUCAGACUCUGGGCCCUGGGGCUGUGUCCUCACCUACAGAGAUGGCUUCAAUGUCUCCAUCAUGUACAACCUCACUGUUCUGGGUCUGGAGUCCCCAACCCCACUGACAGUGUGCACUGCAGUAGGUUCCAGGGUGGAGCUGCCCUGUCACCUGCCUCCUGGUGUAGGGACCUGUUGCUUUGCGGACCCAUCUUCCCUCACUGCCAAGUGGACCCCUCCUGGGGUAGGCCCUAACUUCCUCGUGUCCAGAGACAAUGGCAACUUUAUCUUUCAACUAGAGGCUGUAAGCCAGGCCCAGGCUAGGACCUAUACCUGCCACAUCCAUCUGCAGGGGCAACAGCUCAGUGCCACUGUCACUUUGGCAGUCAUCACAGGUGCCCAAUGCUCUGGGAGAGCACCAGGUACCUGCAAAGCAGGCCAUCUCCCUGCCGUUCUCAUCCUUGCUAUUGUCUCACUGCUCCUUUUGGUGACUGGAGCCUUUGGCUUUCACCUUUGGAGAAGACGGUGGUGACCAAUUAGAUUUUCUGCCUUAGAGCAUAGGGUUUACCCUCCUCAGGCUCAGAGCAAGCUAGAGGAGCUGGAGCAAGAAUCAGCACUGGACCCGGAGCUGGAGGAGCUAGAGCUGGAGGAGCCUGAGCCAGAGCAGGAGCUGGAGCUGGGGCCGGAGGAGCAGAAGCCAGAAAAGCUCUGA